AUCAGUCGGCUCAAAAGCCUGGCAUGAGCAAGAGGCUGAGAGUGAGACUGGUGCAGAAAAAGAAGAAAGAGGGAAAAACAAAACAAAAAUCACUGGAAUGAAAUUGGAUUUUGGGAAGUGAAAAACAGAUUGAGGAUGUGUUUUUGACUGAAGAAGAGAGAGGAACAAGGGAUGAUGUAACUAAAGAAAUGAAGAUUGUGCAACUGAAUGAGCGUCAAUUUUUUUUAUCAUAAAAAGUUCAGAGAAGGACCAACAGCAACCACAGUGAGUCAAUUCCAGCCUGCAUGGGAAGACGAGAUGAAGGAAGAGUCGUGCCUCAGGAACAUGAGUGAGUGGUGUGACGUGGAUUUCGCCCUCAAUUGCACUUACAUUGUCCGUGACCAGCCGUUUGAACCUGAAGUCGAGCUUCCCAGCGCCAUGACUUCCAUCCCCAGCAAUCUGACAUUCCAGUACACCUCUGACCACGAGAUCUACUCGGGUCAGCACCUUCACCACUUCAUUGACGGAUAUGAUGUGCAGCGCAGCAAAUGGAUGCGUUUUGUAAACUCGGCAUGUUCUCCGGCCGAGCAGAACCUGGUGACCUAUCAGAAUGUCCCCGACGUCUUCUUCUAUGCCAUCAGACCUGUGGAGACCCAGCGUGAGAUGCUCGUGUGGUACAGUCCCGAGUUCACCAGGAGGCUCUCGGGACAGGCGGAAGACCAACCAGAGAGCAUGAAGCCCAAGCACUUUGGAGCUGAUAUGAGAGAAGCUGACCUCCAAAAGCACUGUCUACCUCAGUGGACCUGCCACCCCAAACAUCCAUCACAACCUUACAGCCUCCACAGUCCAAAAGAGCUAACAAAGGACGAAAAAGACGAGGUUGAGGACGCUGACGAGAAGAUUGACGUCGAGUCCAUUGAGCAAGACACGCCCCCCAACACUCCAGAUCAGCACCUGAUGAAAUCGAGUAGAAGGUUUCCACAGGAAAGCACACACAAAUCACAUCCUGAGCUUGUCUCCCAGUCACACCACGACCCUCCACUACACCCCCAAAACUAUUACAGCCCUCGGGAAGAUUCGACAAUUUACCCUCCUCUGCCACACAACUACCAUUUCUUGCCUCCAUUUGACCCUCAUUCCCAACUCAUUCUGAGCCCUUACACACCCACCGUUCCCUCUAUGCCGCCCCCCAGAGGACCACUUCAAUACGGCAACAUGCUGCCAUGUGAAGCCUUGCCGUUUCCUGCAAUGUCUCAACCAGGCCUGUUCCCUGUUAAUCGUCCUUAUCCAUCGCUUCAUCCGUACACCAGUCUGGAGAAAAGGCCAACGAAUACAUCACCUCUCCAGGGUGCCCCGGCCACCCCCGAAUUAUCACCCCUCAUGAAGCAUUCUCCAGGGCCUGAGCAUCUGUGCGAGGAGGCCAUCAACCUCAGCUUAGCUUCUACACCAAAAAUAAGCUCUCUGAAAUCGCCAUUACCAUCGGUGUCACCACAGGGUCCGGGGUACAAGUCACUUCCGUACCCGUUGAAGAAACAGAAUGGAAAGAUCAAGUACGAGUGCAACAUCUGCUUUAAGACCUUCGGCCAGCUGUCCAACCUGAAGGUGCACUUGAGGGUGCAUAAUGGAGAAAGGCCAUUUGAUUGUAAGUUGUGUAAGAAGAGCUUCACCCAGCUGGCUCACCUACAGAAACACCAUCUUGUCCACACUGGAGAAAAACCUCAUGAGUGUCAGGUGUGCCAGAAGCGUUUUAGCAGCACCAGCAACCUGAAGACGCACCUGCGCUUACACUCGGGAGAGAAGCCCUACCAGUGCAAAGUGUGCGCCACCAAGUUCACGCAAUACAUUCACCUGAAGCUACACCGCCGCAUGCACAGUUCAGGAGAGCGGCCGCAUCCUUGCCCGUUGUGCCAUCGUGGUUUCCUCCAUCACUUCUCCCUCAGGCUGCACCGACGCUCAGGGUGCUGCCAUGCCAAUUCCCAGCCUGAAAGUUCAGAGCUGAGGAAUGCAGCCGAGAUCCUCGAGCGAUUCGAUGUCAGCGCUGAGGCUGAAGCUCUCGCCGAGAAUUCCUCUGAGGCCGAAGUUGAAGCCACCCUGGAGAAAUGGCUCGAGCUGGAAGAUCAACCCAAACCCAGCUACUUUAAAGCCUCCGAACUGUUGAAGACCCCAGGACAAUGGCAGGACAGGGCCAGUGUGGUGCGUUUCGGUGGUGAAGAAAGAGUCCACUGAGAAAACAAAAAUGAAAAGAUGGUUUAUAUUACAGUUACUGACGUCAUCUGAAAAUCCUCGAUGUUUGCGUGUAUUAGUUUACACCACAAAAAUGAGAGGACAGGAGCUAAACCAAGCCAAGCAGCACAUAACUAGCAUUUCCAAAGACUUGAUAAUUGCACUUAAGCCUUCAGUUCUUCGGCAGCGAGCAAAGGCAAUCAAGUUACAUCCUUGUACUUGUGUUUUAUUUUGUUUAGUGUGUUUCUGACUUAAUUAAUUUAUUGCUUUCGGUACUUUUUGUGUUUGGUUUCAGAAAUGUAUUAGAUGUUCUUUUUUUGUACUGUUCUGUUCGAAUAGUUUUUGCUAUCGUUUGGAGUUAAAAUAUUGAUUUUUCUUUCUCAGGAAGCAGCAAUCAGGGUACGGAAUUGUUAACAAAAAUAUAUCAGGGGUUUGUUAAGUGAAUGUUUUCUGAAUAAAUUCUGCAAAUAGCAACAGUUAUAAAUCUUAAUUCUGUAAACAGAAGUCAAACUUCUAUUUUAUUAUUUAUUAUUUAGAAGAGUUUUCUUUUGGCUUACUCAAUGAUAUAGUAAAUUAGUUAUCCGACACUGAAUUUAACUCAGUGUAAACCAAAUCCACAGCAGGAACCGAAGUUAUUAUAAAUCUCAGGGCAAAUUGUGUGUAAUUUAUUACUGUAUGCUAUACUCUGUUUUUAAUUUAUUGAACAUUAGCACUGGAAAAAGCAGGAUCUCAUUCCAUGUGCAUGGUUACUGUUACAUAGAGAUGACAGGAAUUCGUUUACUGAUUUUCUUUGUUUAGUUUUUUUCAUGUUUUUUUUUUUGUACAGUUUUGUUUACCCGAAUAUUUUGGAUGUCAAUACUUUAUAUGUCAGAGUUUAUUUUUACUUAACUUUUGUAAUGUAGCACAUUAAAAUAUAUUUCUCAUGAAAA